GCCCCGCGGGGCGCGAUGCGGCUGUGCCGGUGCCUCCCCGCCGCCCGCGCCGCGCUCUGCUCCUCGCCGCGGGGCCCCCCGGUACCGCCGGCGGCGGGGCAGCGCCGGGAGCGGGUACGUGGCGGCGGCCCCGCGGCCGGCCCGGGGGGCCAAAGGGGGUCGUCGCUCCGCCCGUGUCCCCGCCGGCUCGCCGGGGGGGGCGGGCGGGCGCUGGCCGGGCUCUCGCAGGGCUCGGUGGGCGGGGAGGUCCUGCGGCACCUGGAGCACCUGGCGCUGGUGGAUUUCCGCGACCGGGAGGGCGUGGAGAGGCUGCGGAAAGCCGUCCGGUUCGCUGACCAGCUCCGCGAAGUUAACACCGAUGGCGUGGAGCCGAUGGAUUCGGUACUAGAGGACAGGUGUCUGUACCUCAGAGAAGAUGAUGUUACAGAAGGCAACUGCACAAAAGAGCUGCUGAAUAAUGCCAGAGAGAAAGUAGAGGAAUAUUUCGUAGCCCCACCAGGUAACAUCCCUUUACCAAAGCUAGAAGAACGGGAGACUUUUCUACAGGACUCUUAGUGAAAGAACUCAAAUGUCACUUCUGAUUUUAUUGGGAAACUUAAGGUUUGGACAGUCACAACUGAAAUACCCUCGCACUUAGUUUGAUCAAAAGAAGAGCAACUGCACUGCUAAACUUUUUACAACAUCCUUUUGCUGUAAAUUGUCUUGCUACUGAAAUACUCACUGUUUGUGAAGCUGGAAGGCAGCAUGAGAGAUGACCUUAAUACUUGCAUUUAGCAAAGUGUAUUUGAUGCUGUUCUUUAAGAUACUGAGUGACGUAGAGGCUUCAGAGAGAACAUUAAAAGCUGAUGAUUAAAAAAAAAAUAAAUUUAUUGAACUGGUUUGUCAGUAAAACAAAAGAGGUUGGAAUAUUGUAUCUUGACUAUGUAUCACCUUUAGCUUAACUCUGGGUCUGAUAGAGUCAGAAGUAACAAAGCCUGGUAUGGCAGAGGAGUCGGUAACAUUGUUGAGCAUCUCUGUCAAGUACAGACAGAACUCAGAUUUUCAUUACAGAAGAAAAAGGACUUUGAGAAGAUGAUUGACUCAGAUGUUUUGCUUGCACUGAAUAUUUCCUUUUUUGUAUCUCUGUGCGCCAUGUCUGUAUGGGUUACCUUCUAGUUCCCACCUUGUAUUUUUAUUCUCACGAAUUAAAUACCUAGAUUUGUACAAAA